UGCUAGCAUCUGAAUUUCUCAACCUCCACAAAUACACUUGACACAAAACUUAUAUAUUUUCAUUCAUUUCAAUAAUUUUUUUUUUACCCUUCACUUACUCUACACGGCGUUUUACACGCAGCUCAGUUGUUCUUCAGCAUAUUGGGCUUUGAGUUGGUGCUGAGUCCCGAUUGUCUCAUAGUGCUAGUUAGUCUCUUCUCCGUUCUCGGAGGUCGAGUCAUUCGUUGCUACUUGCAGGCGGCAAGAUGAGUGAGAAAAACGGUAUCAAUGGUGAUACCAAUAUGAAAUACGAAAGAACCCAGUCGCAACCUGAGAACCCCUUUUCGGCUCUCAUCCCCGACCAGCAAAUAGCCAUUGUGCCGGAAUUCACUCUCGAGUCUGGCGUCACGCUAUAUAAUGUUCCUGUGGCCUAUACCACCCGCGGCAAGCUGUCGCCCUCUGGUGACAACGCCAUGGUGAUAUGCCAUGCCCUGACCGGCAGCGCUGAUGUGAGCGACUGGUGGGGUCCUCUGCUUGGUGGUCCGGGUAGGGCUUUCGAUACAUCAAGAUUCUUCAUCGUAUGCAUGAACAGCCUAGGCAGCCCGUACGGCACAGCAAGCCCGGUGACGGCCAAGGAUGGCGAUGCCAAAAAUGGUUAUUAUGGACCCGAGUUUCCUCUCACAACUAUCCGAGAUGACGUGAAUCUACACAAACUUAUCUUGGAUGAUUUGGGGGUGAAGCAAGUGGCUGCCGUAAUCGGUGGCUCUCUCGGUGGCAUGUUUGUUCUGGAGUGGGCGUACUUUGGCAAGGACUAUGUUCGCUGUGUGGUGCCGAUUGCCACGUCCAGCCGGCAUAGCGCAUGGGGCAUCAGCUGGGGCGAAGCUCAACGCCAGAGCAUCUAUGCCGACCCAAAGUACGACGAUGGAUACUAUCCUUUUGAUGAUCCGCCUGUGACUGGGCUCGGUGCGGCUCGCAUGUCUGCGCUGCUCACUUACCGUAGCCGCAACUCGUUCGAGUCACGGUUUGGCCGGAACAUUCCCGACCCUUCCAAGAUUCAGUCAAUCCGAGAGCGGCCCAGUCCCAGCACGCCGUCGGAAGCGCACUUUCACAUCCACAAUGAUGGCCACAAUGUGAAGCGGGCGUCAACCUCGCGCAAAAAUAGCCAGGCUGGCUCUGGAGCCAGCAGUCCGGGAUCACGAUCGGCAGAAAACGCUGACCCGCAGUUCCAUGGCCCGGGGAAUGACCGCGACCAAGGAGAAAGCCUGACUGGAGGUGACAAGCUGCCUACAUCGACAUACUUUUCCGCACAAUCCUAUCUGCGCUACCAGGGAAAGAAAUUCGUCAAGCGCUUUGACAGCAACUGCUACAUCGCUAUGACUCGAAAACUGGAUACUCAUGAUGUCUCUAGGGACCGCGCAUCGUCGAUCGCUGAGGCUCUUGCACUAAUUGAACAGCCCCUGCUCGUACUUGGCAUUGAAAGCGACGGGCUAUUCACUUUUGCCGAACAGGAGGAGAUUGCUCAGUACGUCAAAAAUGCGCGACUGGAGCGGAUCGAUAGCCCUGAGGGACACGACGCCUUCCUCCUGCAGUUUGAGCAGGUCAACCGCUACGUGCUGGGCUUCUUGAAAGAGAUUCUACCCGAUAUCAUGUUGGUCGAGGGUGGCGCCCAGGAGGAAGUUGGCGUGGGGCAGCUGAUGAAGUCGAGCACAUUCGGUGAAGCUGAGGUGGAUGACAUUACUGCGUGGUAGCCCCGGACGGCAGGCAGUGUGCAUAGGGAACUACCUUGGAUUAAUCUAUAGCACUGGGUGUAUUCUACUUCUUCACUCCGUCCCGUGCUAUGUACACAGUACUAUUAUAGAUAGAUGUUGGCUCACACGAGGGGAUGGACGCAAAAGUCUUUGGUUAGAAAUGGUAUUCAAUAUUUGUUCAGACAGAGAGCCACAACCUGCAUAUAACUUGGCCGCAUGUGGAAAUCUUUGGCUAUCCAUUGGCUGUCGAAUUUCAGAGUGUUAGCAGGAUUCGCAAACAUGCAAGGGAGCAGAGUUGAGCUAUUGAAUACUAUCGA